AUGUCGGACAAGAUCAAUGAAAUUGGCGGUCCAAGGAUCAGCCAAGAUGAGAACCCCAAGAGUGAACAGCAAGCAUUCGAUCCGAUACUCGAGAAAAAGGUCAUUCGAAAGGUUGACCGAAAUCUUGUCCCGAUCCUCUUCUUACUCUUCCUUUGCGCAUUCAUAGAUCGAAUCAACAUCGGAAAUGCUCGAAUCCAAGGCUUGGAAGCUGACCUCAACAUGUCGGGCGAAGACUACAACAUCGCGCUAUUCACCUUCUUCAUCCUCUACAUCCUCCUCGAAGUCCCGUGCAACAUCCUACUCAAGAAUAUGCGACCUUCGCUGUUUCUCUCGGCCAUCAUGACAGGUUGGGGUAUCGUCACAAUCUGUCAAGGACUCACCCAAUCAUUCGCUGGACUGAUUGCAUGCCGCGUUAUAAUCGGUGGUCUUGAGGCUGGCUUCUUUCCAGCGUGCGUGUACCUCCUUAGCAUGUACUACUGCCGACACGAGUUGCAGUGGCGUUUCAACCUCUUCUUCUCAGCCAGUAUCGUCGCUGGAGCGUUCAGUGGUCUGUUGGCUUAUGCCAUCGCUCACAUGGACGGGAUUGCUGGCUAUGGUGGUUGGAGAUGGAUCUUCAUCAUCGAAGGCGCCGCUACAGUUGUUAUUGCCAUCUGGAGCUAUUGGAUGAUUCCAGACUGGCCCGAGACUGCUAAAUUUCUCAAUGACGAUGAACGAGCGCUGCUUGUUGACCGUCUUGCGGCGGAUAAAAAGGACACUCACAUGAACACAUGGGAUAACAGAACAGCGAAGAGAAUCUUUUCGGACGUCAAGAUCUACCUCGGUAUCUUGAUGUACAUGGGCAUUGUCACGACCAGCUACUCCGGUUCCUUCUUCACCCCAACUAUCCUCAAACAGCUCGGCUGGACGUCCAUCCGGGCUCAAAUCAUGUCGAUCCCCAUCUUUCUGUUUGCAACAGUGUGUGCACUUGUUGCCGCUGUCGCUAGCGACAAGACAAAGCAUCGUUCAGGCUUCAUACUUGGAGGCUGCCUUUUCACGACGGUUGGAUAUGUCAUUCUGCUCAACAUGAUGUCUGUCAGCGUCGGGAUACGAUACAUGGCCCUCUUCUUCAUUGUCGCUGGUGGGUAUAUCGCCCAACCAAUCGUCUUGGUCUGGGUGGGUUCCUGA